UCUUAUUAUCUAGUUUUGAUAUUUCAAAUUUUUUUAGAAUUUAUUUAUUUAGAUUAUAUUCAAUUUAUGGUUAAAGCAUAUAACUGUUUGACCAAAACUACAUUAAAAUUAGAAUUUUUUGUGGGAGGGGAUGUAUGAAAUACUAGGGGGUUACGACUUUCUCUCUUACUCUACGCGUUCUCCUUUCCCGUUCGUUUCGCUGCCGGUUCCGUCGUUGCCCUCCGCUCCGUCCGGCGUCAGCUUCCAGCACAGCCACCGUCGACGCCGUCCCAGGGAACCAGCACCGGCGACGAACUCUCCUUCCCCUAUCCCGCCGGCGUACGCGCGAGCCGCGACGAGAGCAGCGACGGUUUCCCCUUCUACCUCCGGUUCAAGUUUCUUCCAAUUUCGAGGUAGGGAUAUGGAUCGUGAGGGUCAGCCCGGAGGACGUUGAUACGUGACGCAACGGAUAACGUCACUAUUUUUAAUUAUGGACAUUUAAUUAUUGCAUUAUUAAUGAUUUGAAUUAAACAUUGUUUGUAGAAUGUUGUUUUAAUGCUUCCGCACAUGAUGAACUUCACGUCAGACUUUUCGUAUUUAAUUUGGUGUUUGAAUAUUUUUGAAUAAACUGUCUAAAUUGUU